AUGUCAAAGGAAUUCAAAGUACUUUACUUUGCAUCAGCAAAAGAUGCUACGAAUCUAUCAUCUGAAACAAUUUCAUUUCCAUCAUCAAAUCCUUCUUCUAUAUCACUUCAAGAAUUAACUCAAAUUUUAAAAAGUCGACAUAAAAAACUUGGUAAAAUACUUGAACAUUCUAUGUAUGCUAUUAAUAUGAAAUACGUUGAAAUAGAUGAUACUUCAAUAUUUGUUAAAGAAGGUGAUGAAGUGGCGGUUAUUCCCCCUGUUUCGGGAGGUUAA